GGGCUUCCUAUGAAGAUGCGGGAUAGCUAUUUCGUGAGACUCUGGUAUCCCAAAAUAGCAGUGCAGUGUAGCUUAAUACAGAAAUACCCCCACCUUUCCUUCUGGUUUUUACAUGACAGGGCUGCUGGGGGCCUCGCUCGAUUGCUGGGCAAGAUUUAGAUCUCGCUACACCGGUGUCAAACUGGAGUCACUGCUGGUUCUGGCAGGGGUGUGUGUAGACGGGCCAGUGGGAUGAGCCUCUGCCUGCUUGACUCUGGGGCCUGCAGGGCUGGACAGGGAAGUUCAGACAGGAGCUGCUGCCAGCAAAGGGCUCCGGGGAUGGCUCGGGGAGCGGAGAAGCUUGGGCGUGUCUCUCUCCCUACUCCUGUUAUCACAGCCCUGGGGGCAGAGUCCUGAGUCAGAAGCUGCAGCCGCCUCCAUUUUGACCUGGGAUCCCAGACUGAGACUCUGCUUCUUAGACAGCAGGGAAGAGACCUUUGUCCCAGCCCCUCUGGGCCCAGCUGGCGCCUGGAGAGUCUGGAGGGCCGAGGAGACACGUCGAGAAUUCGCCCCAGAGCGCCCGUCUGCCAGGGGCCGGGCAAUGGCUGGGAUGGAGUCCGCUCAGAUGCAGGUGACCUUCGAGGAGGUGGCUGUGUAUUUCACCCAGGGGCAGGGGGCGCUGCUGGGCCCCGCUCAGAGAGCCCUCUACAGGGACGUCAUGCAGGAGAACUACGAGGCGGUGACCUCGCUGGGGUUUCCCGUUCCCAAACCUGAGCUGAUCACCCGGCUGGAACGAGGGGAAGAGCCCUGGGUGCCCGACCUCCAGGCCAGCGAGGAAAGAGAGAUCCUGAGAGGCACCCGCACAGCAGGUGAUGAAACAGAGAGUGAGAAGCAGGAGGGAAAUGAUGAGGAACUUCCUAGGCAAGUGGAACCAUGGGGAAAUGUUGCAGGAAGACCUGAAAAGCUCUUUUCCCAGUACUUGGAACAGGGAGACGCCUGGGGAAACUGGCACAGGCCAGAGAGGCUGCUGGGAAGCCACCCAAGGAAGCAAAUGGAUGAUCCCCCCGCCCUGCUGGCCAGUCUGAAGGAAGAGGAACCCUAUCAGUGCCUCCCGGAUAGGAAAGGCUUCAUUCUGAGAUCACACCUUAUUACACAUCAGACAGCCCGUAACAGCGCAAACCUUGACCUCUACGGGAGCAUUGACACAGGGGAGAGACGCUACCCCUGCCUCGAAUGCGGGAAGUGUUUUAAUUGGACGUCGGCGCUUCUGACACAUCAGGCCACCCACACCGGACAGAGACGCCAUAAGUGCUUGGAGUGUGGGAAAAGCUUCAGCAACAGCUCCAACCUUACUAAGCAUCGUAGAAUCCACAUGGGAGACAGACCCUAUAAAUGCCUCCAGUGCGGGAACUGUUUCAGUCAGAAGACCACCCUGAUUAUGCAUCAGAAAACCCACACGGGAGAAAAACCCCACAAGUGCUUGGACUGUGGGAAAAGCUUCACGCAGAGAUCGGCCCUGAUCACACAUCAGACGAUCCACACAGGAGAGAGACCCUAUAAAUGCCUGGACUGUGGGAAAAGUUUCAUUCAGCGCUCACACCUUCUUAGACAUCUGAGAAUCCACACAGGAAAUAAACCUCAUAAAUGCCUUCAUUGUGGGAAAAGUUUCAUUCAGAGAACAAACCUUCUUUCCCAUCAGACAAUCCACACAGGAGAGAAGCCCUAUAAAUGCUUGGACUGUGGGAAAAGUUUCAAGAACAGCUCCUAUCUCACCAAACAUCGGACCAUGCAUACAGGAGACAGUCCCUAUAAAUGCCUGCCCUGUGGAAAGAGUUUUGUUCUCAGUUCCGACCUUAUUGCUCAUCGGAGAAUCCACAUGGGGGAAAAGCCCUACUUAUGCUUGGACUGUGGGAAGUGCUUCAAGAACAACUCCUACCUUACUAAGCAUCGGAGAAUGCACACAGGAGAGAGACCUUACAAAUGUUUGGAUUGUGGGAAAUGUUUCAGUCAGAAGUCAUCCCUGAGUACCCAUCAUACAAUCCACACUGGAGAGAGACCCAAUAAAUGUUUGGAGUGUGGGAAAAGAUUCACCCAGCGAUCAGCCCUGAUUAUACACCAGAGAAUCCACACAGGAGAGAGACCUCAUAAGUGCUUGGACUGUGGCAAAAGUUUCACACACAGAUCCGCCCUCCUAAGACACCAGGCGAUCCACACGGGAGAGAGACCCCAUGAAUGCUUGGAGUGUGGGAAAAGUUUCAUUCAGAGAUCAACCCUGGUUAGACAUCAGGCUGUCCAUACAGGAGAGAGGCCCCACGGGUGUGUAGAGUGUGGGAAAUGUUUCACAAACAGGUCGUCCCUUAUUAGGCACCAGGCGAUCCACACAGGCGAGAGACCCCAUAAGUGCUUGGACUGUGGGAACAGUUUCAUUCAGCGAUCGAACCUCAUCAUACAUCAGAGAAUCCACACAGGCUAUAAACCUCAUAAAUGCCUGGUCUGUGGGAAAUGUUUCAGGAAGAGCUCCUACCUUACUAAACACCUGAGAACUCACAAAGGGAUAGGCGACCCUAGGAAUACCUUGAUUGCGGGAAAAGACUCAAUGCAAGCUCACACAUCAGUGAUCCACACAACAGAGAGUCUUAUGCAGGAGAACUACGAGGCGGUGACCUCGCUGGGGUUUCCCCUUCCCAAACCUGAGCUGAUCGCCCGGCUGGAACGAGGGGAAGAGCCCUGGGUGCCCGACCUCCAGGCCGGGGAGGAAAGAGAGAUCCUGAGAGGCACCGGCACAGCAGGUGAUGGGACAGUGCAUGUGAAGGAGGAGGAGACUCAAUAUCAGGAACUUCCUGGGAAAGCGGAACCAGAGGGGAUCUUUGUGGGACCAGCGGAAGGGAAUUUUCCGCCGUACCUGGAACAAGGAGAAGCCGGGGGACGUUGGCAGAGGUCAGAGAGGCUGCUGGGAAAUGCUCCAGGGAAGAAUGUGGAUGAAUCUGUUAAAUGUGAGGGAGAAGACCAGGAUCUCACCAUCCAGCUGAUCGAUCUCAAAGAGGAGGAACCCUACCACUGCCUCCAGGAUGGGAAACGCUUCAUUCAGAGAUCGCCCCUUGGGACACCUGAACCAGACCACACUGAGGAGAAACCCCUUCAUGGCUUGGACUGUGGGGAAAGUGUCAAUAAUGGCUCAGACCUUCAUAACCAUGGAACAUGCCCCACUGGAGAGAAACCAAUUCAGUGCCUCGACCGUGGGAACUGUCUGAAUUGGAAGUCCGCACUAACUACACACCAGAGAGGCCACGCAGGAGAGAGACCCCACAAAUGCUCAGACUGCGGAAAAGGUUUCAAACGGCGGUCAGAGCUCACAAAACACCAGACAACUCACACAGAAGGGAGACCCGAUAUGUGUUUGGACUGUGGGAAAAGUUUCAUGCAGAGGUCAGACCUUGUCAAACAUCUGGCUGUCCACACAGCUCAGAAAUUCCAUAAGUGCUUGGACUGUGGGAAACGUUUCACGCGGAAAUCGGGCCUUGCUACCCAUCAGGCCGUCCAUACGGGAGAGAGGUCUUAUAAAUGUUUGGAGUGCGGAAAAAGUUUCAAACUAAGCGCGUACCUUAAAAGACAUCAGGCAGUCCACACGAGAGAGAGACCGUUUACACCUUUGAAGUAUGGGAAAAGCUCCAGUACUAGCACAAACCUCACUACACAUCUGAAAAUCCAUGAUGGUGAGAAACCUUAUAAAUGCCUAAAGUGCGGGACCACUUUCCAUUGGAAGUCAGCCCUUAUGAAACACCAGCUAAUCCAUACAGGAGAGAAACCCUCUAAGUUCCUGGACUGUGGGAAAAGAUUUAGUUGUAGCUCACAACCCACUCAACAUAGUAGGAGUCUCACGGGAGAAAGACCCUAUAAAUGCCUCGAGUGUGGGAAAAGUUUCAUUGGCAUCUCUCGUCUUAUUGAACAUCACAGAAUUCAUACUGCAGCCAAACCUCACAAAUGCCUCGACUGUGGGAAAUGUUUCAGGUGGAAGUUUGCCCUGAUAACACACCAGAGGGUCCACACAGGAGAGAGACCCCAUAAGUGCUUGAACUGCGGGAAAAGUUUCAGAAACAGAUCAGCCCUUACUUUACAUGAGGGAAUCCACACAGGAAAGAGGCCUCAUAAGUGCCUGAACUGUGAAAAAAGUUACAUACGGAGGGGAGACCUUGUUAAACAUCAGGCGGUCCACACAGGAGAAAGACCUCAUAAGUGCUUAGACUGUGAAAAAAGUUUUAUGCGGAGGUCAGACCUUGUUAAUCAUCAGGCAAUUCAUACAGGAGUGAGGCCCCAUAAGUGUUUGGAUUGUGGGAAAAAUUUUGUACAAAGAUCAACCCUUCUUCAACAUCAGAGAAUCCACACAGGAGAGAGACCUCAUAAGUGCUUAAACUGUGAAAAAAGUUUCAUAUCGAAGUCUGACCUUGUUAGACAUCAGGCUAUCCACACAAAGGAGAGAUCUCAUAAGUGCUUGGACUGUGAAAAAAGCUUUAAACGGAGGUCAGAUCUUGUUAAGCACCAGGCAAUCCACACUGGCGAGAGACCUCAUAAGUGCUUAGAAUGUGGGAAAAGCUUCGUACGGAAGUCAGCCCUAGUUAUACAUCAAGCAAUUCACACAGGAGAGAGACCCCAUAAGUGCUCAGACUGCGGGAAAAGUUUCAUAAACAGGGCAGCGCUUGUUUCACAUCAGCGAAUCCACACAGGAGAGAGACCCCAUCAGUGCUCAGACUGCGGGAAAAGUUUCAUAACCAAGGCUGCCCUUGCUUUACAUCAGAGGAUCCACACAGGAGAGAGACCCCAUCAGUGCUCAGACUGCGGGAAAAGUUUCACAACGGGAUCGGCCCUUGUUAUUCAUCAGAGAAUCCACACAGGAGAGAGACCCCACAAGUGCUUGGACUGUGGGAAAAGUUUCACACAGAGAUCACAUCUAAUUAAACAUGAGAGAAUCCAUGCAGGAGCUAAACUUCUGUGACACUGGGCCAGAAAGUGUUAAGCAGCUUGCAGGAUAAUUGACCCAGAUUCAAUCUUCAGGGCAGGUCUACACUAAAGAGGUUAAAAGGUGUGUAAUUGGCUAAUUGUGUAGUCAAUACAUUUUGUAUCAACUACAUGAUUAGUCGAUAAGGGAAGGUGUUUGUUCUGGCUCAUGGUGGUCCAGAGUUACCCCCGCUGCGGCGCGCUGCAGUUUAAAUGUAGUACAGAGGGUCGUCGCUAUAAAUCCAAGAUAUAUUCCAAAAAACUUGGACUUCUAGUGAAACAACUUCAAGCGAGGAAUUUUUUUUCCGUGGCUGACUUCCAUUUAAGCAAAUUGGGGGGGGGAAGUGUUUCACGUCAUUUAUAGCGGGGAAUGGGAGGACUUAUAACACAUCAGUUCCUACAAACGUCAACAACUUUAGUAUGGAAAGGAUGUAUAGCAGGAUGACUUAUAGCGGGGACCCUCUGUAGAAGCCAAGCACACAGGCACCGUACAGCGGGGGUGGGUUCCAGACCUGCGCGAGCGGGGACCACUGCAGCUCUGACAGCCUGGGCCACAACAGACAGGGCUGUUUUGUGACAGCCUUCCUUACCCCCACCCUCCACUGCUGCCUCUGAUAAAGGCAGCAGCAUGGGGGGGGGGGGGGGGAACAGGCAG